AGAGAUGCUCCCUUGCACAUCUCACACGUCUUAACAUCCAUAAAGGGUAUUGUUUGAUCUCUGAGCACUUUGAUUGGAUGCUCGAGACAUCCUAUAUGUUGCUGUAUGAAUAUAAAUAUGACCCAUCUUCCUUAAUAAAGUUGAGAGUGUUAUGGCCGCCCACUGGCUCUCUGUAUCAGUUUGAUUCUCCGGGGAUCCUGCGCUGCGACUGCUCUAAACCACAGCUGAUGACUGCUCAUCAAGACUCUGAACAACUUACUGCAAAGCCUCCAGGCAAAAAGACUACUGUUAAAACAACAAAUUCAUUUACACAGAACAACAAGGUCAUGGAGAUCCACCCGUCUGCUGUGAUUCUGCUGCUGCUCUUGGCUGCUUCUUUCACUGCUUAUGGUCAACCAGAUGAUAUAAAGCCUCGUUAUCGAAAAUUCCUCAGUCAGCAUGUGGGUCUCCGAGUGAGUGAGCAUGCUUGUGACAGAGAAAUCAGAAAGAGAGACAUCACUGCCCCUGGAAAUGACUGCAAAGAAGUCAACACUUUCAUUCAAGCAAAUAAGAAUGAUAUUAAAGUAGUAUGUGGCAAAGGAGGAACUCCAAAGGGCAAAAAUCUGUUUAAGAGCAACAAGCCUUUUCCUCUGGUCACGUGUAAAUUAAAAAGUGGGGAGAGACGCCCAAAAUGCCAAUAUAGAGGGAAAAAGUCCACUCGUUACAUUGUUUUGGGUUGUGAUAGAGGAUGGCCUGUACAUUAUGAGGAAGGCAUAAUUUAAUGGAUAGAUGACAGGCUAAAUAGAUCCUCACAAAGCUUGACAAAAUUUUGCUAAUCAUUUGUUCACCACUCUUUUUCUGUCAAAAAAUUGCAGUGGCUUAACUAUGUUUUCAGAUGUGCUGUAAAUCUGCAAACCACUGCUUGAUACAGUCUAAAGUCCACCAAUGAGGCACAGCUGUGAACAUGAACACAGUGGCA